AUAGUGAUCCUAUGUAUUCUAAGCAGCUUACAUGCAUUACUUUAUUUCGUUAUCACAAUACCCUACAAAAUAGGGAUUUUUGUUGUUGUUGUUUUUGAGACAGGGUCUGGCUGGCUCUGUCGCCCAGGCUGGAGUGCAAUGGCCUGAUCACAGUUCACUUCAACCUGGACCUCCUGCGCUCAAGCGAUCCUCCCUCCUCAGCCUCGUAAGUAGCUGGAAUUACAGGCGCGCCUGAAAAGUUAAGCAGGCAAAAGCGUUUGUGUAAAUGGCCCGAGCACACAUUUUAAGUGAGCACCAUCUGAGGACUCUGAGUUUGCCUGCGAGGAUUCCCAAAGGGAUCUGGGCAGUUGGUGGCCCCGCCCCCUCUCUUAUCGGAGCCCCCCAGCCCCUCCGUUCUCCUCACCCCCAACUUCCCUCCGGUCCCCCGCCAACCCGCCCCACGCCGCUGAUUCGCUCGCAGCUUCUCCUCACCACAUCCCAACCAUGGCUGUGUUUCUGCAGCUGCUACCGCUGCUGCUCUUGAGGGCCCAAGGGAACCAAGGGGCUUCUCUGGACGGCCGCCCUGGGGACCGGGUGAAUCUCUCUUGCGUAGGAGUCUCUCACCCCAUCCGCUGGGUCUGGGCGCCCAGCUUUCCGGCCUGCAAGGGCCUCUCCAAAGGACGCCGACCGAUCCUGUGGGCCUCUUCGAGCGGGACCCCCACCGUGCCUCCCCUCCAGCCUUUUGUAGGCCGCCUUCGCUCCCUGGACUCUAGUAUCCGGCGGCUGGAGCUCCUCUUGAGCGCCGGGGACUCGGGCACCUUUUUCUGCAAGGGCCGCCACGAGGACGAGAGCCGUACAGUGCUUCACGUGCUGGGGGACAGGACCUAUUGCAAGACUCCUGGGCCUACCCAUGGGUCCGUGUAUCCCCAGCUCCUGAUCCCGCUGCUGGGCGCUGGGCUGGUGCUGGGACUGGGAGCUUUGGGCCUGGUCUGGUGGCUGCACAGGCGCCUGCCCCCGCAACCGAUUCGACCACUCCCUAGAUUUGCUCUGUCCCCCCCACAUAGCUCCACUUGUGAAAACCGAGCCCCAGAGGCCAGUAAAGGAGGAAGAGCCCAAGAUUCCAGGGGACCUGGACCAGGAACCGAGCCUGCUCUAUGCGGAUCUGGACCAUCUAGCCCUCAGCAGGCCCCGCCGACUGUCCACAGUGGACCCUGCUGAUGCCUCCACCAUCUAUGCGGUUGUAGUUUGAAGGGAAGCCCUUACUCCAAACCUCCCAAACUAGGGGAUCCCAGCUACCCAUAAUCCCUCUCCCCUCCUUGGUCCUCACCUGGAAGAGGAAGGCACCACGGUAUGGAAAUAAGUGCUAGACUGGGAGUCGGGAGACCUGGGCUCUAGGCUGUCUCUGCCACUGAUCUUACUCCUACACUUACUCACAUCUCUCCUAUAACCUCCAUGUCUCCCUCAACACCGGUGUCCUCUCUAUAUCCAAUCAAGCCCUAGCUCCUAUCUCACGACAUCAAAAGUCCCAGACAGUUGCCUUAUCUCUUCCCUUCCCUUCACAGUCAAACUUUGGAACCAGGGGCAUACACCUGCCUUUUUCAUUUUCUUCUCCUUCACUUUAUCCCCACUGCUCAUCUGUUGAAAUUGCUUAUCUGCUCUCCAUAAGAUUGCAGGUAACGUCCUAAUAGCCACACCCAGUAGACAUUUUUAGUAUUCAUCUGGUUUGGUC